AUGGGAGAUUCCUUAGAGUCUCCAUCUUAAAAUCUAAUGAAAUCAGCAUAAGUUCAUAAGAGUUCGGUUCAUUUCCAGGAUAGCAAUCAAAUAAACAAGAAGGAUAAAAGUAAGUUAAUACAGAAUGAGGCUGACAAAUUUAAGUACUUAUUCUAGAUCCCAAACAUCAUUUCCGAUCCUAAAUUAGUGUAGAGAAGAAAGACUUUCGAGACCUUCACAAAGAAUUCCAAUUUGGAUAUAUAUUACAUGCAUUUGAAGAAGGCAUCAGGAAUAGCAAGGAGCAUAUCUCAGAAGGCAGACUAUCAGGAGGUGAUGCAAGAUUAGUUCGUACAUAAGUUGCACAAGAACAAAGGGUACAUAUUGACAAAUGAGUUGUGGUCGAAUAAACUAUUGAGUCAGGUGUCUGGUCAAUCCAGACUCAGAGAGUUGUCGUCAAUGUUACAACUGUAGAAGAUCAAGAUGAAUUCCGAGGAACAACUCAAGAACUAUGAGCAAUACUUUAAGCAGUUCGUGUAAGUCAAAUGUCAGGAUAAGGGAGAUAUGUCCAAAGCACUCAAUGACAUAGAUGAUUAGAUCACUCUCGAUUAGAGUAAUAAGGAGAGCAGAGUCCAAUCAAGAAAUCAUAGUGUUCCCAUGAAGUAGACUGAUCAAAGUUUUUUCUCGAGGGAAAUAAUGACUGCGUAGAUGGAUAAGAAAAGAGCAAUACAUUCCUUGCAUAGUAUAACGAAGAUCGCUGAGUUACUUAAGUAGUCUAAUGAGGAAGUGCAAUCAACUCAGGAGGUUGUAUCAAAAUUGAGGAGGUUUACAAAGGAGGAGGCAGAAAUUUAGAACAAACCGAAGUAGCUGAGAAUUAGGAGACUGUUUGCCGAAUAACUCAAUAAUGUAAUUAAGAAUUCAAAGAAAAUAAUUUGAUUUUAUUAUUCAUGUUAUGAUAAUAAUCGAGUGAA